UUUAAAACAGAAAGCACUGAGGAAGCUGUGGUGAAAAAAGUUUUACCUAACAGACUUGCUUUGAGAUUCAAUCAGGACUGUCAGGCCAGCGAGGACAAGUUAACCGACGUCUACAGUUUUGGUGAUACCUUUGUUUGUCGUCCACCAUGAGCACUCAGGCCGCUGACAGCAUACCUGGUCCAGCAGAAAAUGAGCAGGAGCAGGAGCCGUUGAGGAUCAUGCUUCUUGGAAAAUGUGGUGCAGGCAAGAGCUCGAGUGGGAACACCAUCCUCAAUAAAAUGGUGUUCAGGUCAGAGAUGAAGCUGGGCAGCAUCACUGUUCACUGUGAAAAAGAGUCCGGGAUGGUUGGAGAUGUACCUGUCGAUGUGAUUGACACACCUGGGCUUUUCGAGAAGGGAAGCAACAAGGAGGACAUCAUCCGAGAGAUUCUUCAACGCCUGAAACUCCAGGAACCAGGACCCCACAUCUUUGCAUAUGUUGUUCCUUUAGGAAGGCUGACUCAGGAAGACCAAGACACCCACACGCUGAUUGAAGCAAAGUUUGGCCCAAGAGUGUGGGACUACACCAUCGUGCUGUUCACCCACGGGGAUUGCCUGGAAGACAAAACAAUAAACAACAUCAUUACUGAGAGUGACGAGAACCUCCGCAACUUCAUACGCAAGUGUAGCGGUGGCUUCCACGUCUUCAACAACAAAACCCCGGAGGACCAGAAGCAGGUCACAACUUUUAUGGAGAAGAUCGAGACCCUGGUGGCCCUGAAUGGAGGUAGUUACUACAAUACAGAGCUGUAUCCUGAGAAGGAGAGGGAAAUCAGAAAAAGACAGGAAAGCAUCCUUACAGAGAGACAUGAAGAAAUCAGUAAAAAGGAGGAAAAUCUGAAGGAGCGUUACAAGAAUGAAGAGCUAAAGAUGAUGAAGACAAAGCUGUGGAGAAAAGAGGAGGAAAGGGCAAGAAAAGACGCAGAGGGGGAGUUGUGCAGCCGCAAGUUGUACAUGUCCUACCUCAUGAAGGGCAUCCUGUUUCUGGCUGUAUUGUGUCUACUGUUAUGUUGGGGUCUUGGGGUAGCAGCUAAAUGGCUUUUUGGAAUAGGAAUAGGAAUUUUGAUUGUGGUGUCUUUUAAGACCUUUCCAAUUAUUCCAGGAAAAAUACCAGGUCUUUCUAAGAAAAAGAUAUAGAUGAGCUUUUACUGUGUUAGUGAUUUAUCAUUCAAAUAUGUGACAGAUGAUAUAUUGAACUCAUUUAAUUAACAAAAAUAAUUUUCAUACAAAUUUUUCUGUCCAUAGUUAGAAAAUAUUGUCAUCUGAUAUCAUCUCAUUAUUCUCAUAUUUAAUCAGAUAACAGAACUGUAAAAAUGCUAAUAAAAACAAUAUUUAAAGUAUUACACAAAAGGCU